AGACGUGAUAUCAAUCAAGCUAACAGAAUGUUUUAGAUGUAGAAUGAUAUGAGCAUAUUAGCGAAGCAUCGUCCCAAUUCGAUAACUGUCCUGCUUAUGAAAACAUCAUAGGUAGGAUGAAUAUGUAUUGUGGAGAAGACAGGUGAAGAAAUAGCCACACAGUAUGCUCUAGAUGGCUCAACCAAUUAGCGAGCGCUCAUGUUUGCUGGAUUUUCGGAUAGAGUUGUGAAUCAAUUGUUCGUGACCAGCUAUGUACAAGAUGGGUAGCGAACGAGCUUCGUGGUCCCAUUUGAUCGCUUUUUUAGCAUCUGUUCCGCAUUUGUGCCAGAUGAGUGUCGGCGAUGGAUGACGUAACCGGUCGGGAGUGGACGCGGAAAUCUUUCGCCGCUGCGCUUCUAGAAGAGUCACGACAACUGCCAAAUUCGCUAUCACCACCACCACUUUCCCGUACCGACUGCGUUCGUAAACACGCUCACAGACCCAAAGAUGCGCUCACUACGUCCAUCAGCAGCGCGCAGAAUCCGCGCAUCGCUUACUCCGGAAACAACGACACGGACAUUCCGCGCACGACAGAGCCCAAGACCAUGUCUCCUUUGCGCACACCGCAUACCGACCCAGGCGAUAUCGCGCAGAUUGCAGUCGACGUCUUCGUCGUCCAAUACCGUCGAAAAGCCAUUUGAUACGCAGAGUGCCACAACACAAUCGUCGCAGGUCCCGCAAACACACUAUUCCUUCUUCCCGAAUGCCCUUCCAGCCGGACCACCGCCAGACGGCCCCUUUGCUAUCGAUCUCUCUGCGCUCAAGAAAGAGUUUCUCCAACUCCAAGCCCGUGCCCACCCCGACCUCCAUCCCCAGGCAGACAAGAAACGCGCCGAAGCCCUCUCAGCACGCAUCAACGAGGCCUACAAAACACUCCAGAACCCGCUUCUGCGCGCGCAAUACCUGCUGUCUCUGCGCGGAAUAGAAGUAGCAGAAGACGAAACGGCCAAAGUGGAUGACCCAGAGUUAUUGAUGGAGGUGCUCGAGGCGAGAGAGAACAUAGAAGAGGCAGAGAGCGAAGAGGACUUAGUGGAGAUGAGGGAGAGGAACGAGGAGAGAAUAGCGGAGAGCACGGAGAUAAUCGACCAGGCGUUUAAGAGGGAUGACCUAGAAGCUGCCAAGAGUGAAGCGGUCAAGUUGAGAUAUUGGGUCAACAUCAAAGAGAGUAUUGAGAACUGGGAAAAGGGGGUGCCGGUUGUGCUGCAGCAUUAGGUGCAUAUCACAACUAUCAGGACCGACUCAAUGC